AUGGAGCCAAGCAGCUCCUCUCAGCCCGGUUAUCGUGAGACUAGCACCAGUGAAAGCGAUGAGCUGAGUACAACCGCCACUCAGACACAGCGAGGAUCCGGAUACGAGGCCAUCCACUCCGAUACCCUCAGUCGCCUCGCAACCAGCCUCAAUCAAGUCGAGCUAGAACGCAUCAACACCUAUCGACUUCAACAUCGCUCUACUGUCGGAUCAGGCCCAGGUCCUGCACCACGCGAGAAAUGGCUACCCCUUGGGGCUGGCAAGCCGUAUCCUCCCGAUCUACCGGACCCUGAGCAGUACUUAGUAGAGUUCAAUGAUGCCAAUGACCCUUUACAUCCCCAGAAUUGGCCGUUCGGACGGAAACUUGUCAUUUCGGCUGUGUUAGCAUAUUCCAGUUUUGCAUCCUCCUUUGCCAGUGCUAUUUUCUCCUCUGCUGUGGUAGAGGUCAGUCCUGAAUUUCACGUCAGUUCUGAAGUGGCCAUUCUUGGAGUGACCCUGUACGUGAUGGGGUUUGCUUCGGGCCCUAUCCUUUGGGCCCCGGCAAGUGAAUUGAUUGGUCGUCGAUGGCCAAUGUUCGUCGGACUAUUCGGUUUUUCGAUUUUUACUAUCAGUGCGGCGACCAGCAAAGACAUCCAGACUCUGAUGUUGACUCGGUUCUUCGCCGGUUUCUUCGCAGCCUGCCCCCUCUCUGUUGUGCCGGCGGUAUUUGCCGACAUUUACAAUAACCAGAAUCGUGGAGUUGCAAUUGCCAUAUUUGCCAUGGCAGUGUUUAUCGGUCCAUUUGCAUCACCUUUCAUUGGUGGCUUUAUUACCAUGUCAUUUCUAGGCUGGAGAUGGACAAUGUAUAUUGCAUCCUUCAUGGGGUUUCUGGCCACUGUCCUUCUUCUUUUCUUCCACAGAGAAACCUACGCUCCUGUAGUUCUCGUGGAAAAGGCUAGGAUUUUGCGAAGACAAACACAUAAUUGGGGUAUCCGUGCCCGACAGGAGGAAGUCGAGGUUGAUUGGGAGGAGUUGAUCAAAAAUAACUUCAGUCGACCAUUUCGGAUGCUCUUUACUGAGCCUAUUGUGUUUCUGAUAUCCCUCUGGAUGAGUUUUGUCUAUGGUCUCAUUUACGCACUUUUGGGUGCUUACCCUGUUGUCUUCGAAGGUGUGCAUGGCAUGAACCUGGGAGUCGGCAGUCUCCCAUUUAUUGGACUGAUCAUCGGAGAGCUUUUGGCAGGAGCCUACAUCCUCUACGACCAGAGGGCAUACGCCAAGAAGCUUGCCGCCAAUAACAACAUUCCGAUUCCAGAGUGGCGACUGCCGCCUUCCAUUCUUGGCGGAAUCUGCUUUACCGUCGGAUUAUUCUGGUUUGGAUGGACCGGAUGGACGAAAUCGAUCCAUUGGAUGGCCCCGACGGCCAGUGGUGUCGCAACCGGCUUCGGCAUCUAUGUCAUCUUCCUGCAGUGUUUCAACUAUUUGGUAGAUUCAUAUUUGACAUUUGCUGCAUCCGUUUUCGCCGCCAAUACAAUGAUGCGGUCUAGUGUAGCAGCAGCGUUUCCUCUCUUUUCGAAGCAGUUGUUCCAAAAUCUAGGCGUCCAGUGGGCGGGAACUCUUUUGGGAUGUUUAGCCCUCAUUAUGGUGCCUAUUCCAUUGGCAUUUAUUAAAUGGGGCCCUGCAUUGAGGAAGAUGUCCAAGUUUGCGCCUACAUUUGAGAUGAUGGGAGAGAGGCGGCCGGAAAAAGAACCCCGGGCCUCAGUCUAG